AUGGCAGAACGAGACCUGAAACAAACGAACAAAAAGGAAAAAGGUGGUAACAAUGAGCCAAAUAAAUUCCAAAAGUACGUUAUACCACUGAAAGGAAGCUCAGAUGAUGUGAGAGGAGGGUCUUCUUUGGACGCAUUUUCAACGCCGCCUCGACAGAAUCACAUGGGGAGGCGACGGAGUUCAGGGCCAGCAUGUACCUAUGAAGAAAUGGCCAAGAAUGAUCAAGAAACUAGAGCGUCACCUUGGCAGGGUAAGCACAAGCCUGAACGAAGGGGAUCGCUCACCAAAAUUGAGUCAGAAAUGAGGCUUCGCCAUUCUCUUGCGUCUGUCAACGAAUACCAGGACGAAUCUAUCAAAAUCCAGGGUCUCAAAGAAAGUAUUGAGCGCCGUGGUAGCAUUGUGACUGCUGCUAGAUCCAAAUCAAGUCAAUCGAUGAUUGAUGAAUCAAUGAUUGGUUCUGUGGUAGAAACAAACGUUUCGGAUGAAUUGGCACACCAGAGCGACACCAUUAGUGAUACAACUAAUGCAGCAUCCAUAAAUGCGAAUAAUGCGAAAGACGAUGUCGAGAGUAUUCCUCUUACAGAAGUUCAUCAUUCAAAACGAUUGAGAAGGCGUCAGAGGGGAGUAGAACGAAAACAACUCAUUGAAACUCUGGUCAACUUUUCUUCGCACGUAUCUACCUCUGUGUUUGAAGACUUGUUGGCGCAUGGGAUGACCGAAGAGGAUGACAUGUCUGAAUCGGACUCUCUAAUCUCUUCUCCAUCGAAUUCGGAGAUAUCUUCUUCAGAUGAUGGGAGUCUCAGUUCGUUGUCUGCUGGGGAUCUCGCGGCACUCCCAGAGCAGGAUGAAGAAAGUAUGAGUAUUAUGAAUCCAACAAGACGAUUAUCGCAAAUACUUGGACCUCGCUCGUCCCUACCGCCACGCAGAGAAAGAGAAAGUGCUCUCUUGUUUGUUGAUAUUACUGGGUUUACGAAACUAUCGACCGUACUUGAGGUCGAGGCGCUGUCCAAAAUCAUCAAUUCUUAUUUCGAAAUGAUUGUGACUGAGGUGACUCGUCACGGUGGAGAUGUACUCAAGUUUGCGGGGGAUGCCUUUUUUGCGGAAUGGCGAGGAAGCGACAAAGAUUCAUUAGAUGGACCAUGCCUUCACAGAGCAGGAAGUGACGUGGCAGAGAAAGCUGUAAGACCCGUUGAUAUCCGCGUUUGGCAAGCCUGCAGAUGCGCAGCUUCGAUUGUGGAAAAGUUUAGCAACUACAUCGUUGCUGUUGAUUCUACUUUUGCUGACCAAAGUCAAGCUAUUCUGGAUGUCCAUUGCGGAAUUGGAGCUGGUCGUGUUGUGGGGUUUCAUGUUAGUGAUUUCCAAGAAGAUCAAGAAGAUAUUCACGCGGACACUGAUGCUAUCGAACUUCGACGGGAGUUUCUUGUAGUCGGUGAUGCAAUUGAUCAGGUUUCUCGUGCUGCUCACCUCGCAUCUAAUGGCGAAGUUGUGGCGUCGCCAGAGGCAUUACGAGCCCUUUCAAGGUGCUGCAACAUUCCCGAGAAAAUGGCGAAUAGCCUGAUGCCAGUGCAUAUUGUGUCGAAAAAAAUCACACCGUUGUCACUAGAACCUCGUGAACAGCAUUUGCUGGAAUUGUUACCAAAAGACGACAGCUCCGAUGUUUCAAUGUAUGAAAACAUUCGAAAAUAUGUCGCGAACGUUGACUAUUCGACUCUUCUUCGACUUCGCCUACAACUUGCAUUGUAUGUACACCCCGUAGUCCGUGGUGAUGAAAUGUCAAGAGCCUUAAUAUCCGAGUCUUCGAUGUCGAACGUUGGGGACGCUCUUGAGCCAGAGAACCGGCACGUGGCACAAGCAGAGCUUCGAUCUGUUUAUACAAUGUUUAUCAACGCGUUAAUUCCUCCAGUAUUGAUCGGCGACCCAAAGGUUGAUUCCGUUCUUUUCCGCACCUUGCGGAAUGUCAUGGCAGUUACGUCACGAGAACUUGACCGAUACAGUGGUCAGCUGCGGCAGUUUAUUGUGGACGACAAAGGCGUUGUAUUGAUUGCCACAUUUGGACUGCGGGGAUCGACUUUCCCAAAUCUAGUUGCAAACAAUGGGCUACCAGCGACCUUUUCUAUCCACAAAGUAUUAAAGGAAGAACUCGGUGUUGAUAACAGGAUUGGAGCAACUUUCGGAGAGGUCUAUUGUGGUGUUGUUGGUGGGAUGACACGCCACGAGUUUUCAGUGCUGGGUGCUGCAGUCAAUUUAGCUGCUCGUUUGAUGACAUCGCCGAUCAACAGUGGUAUUCUGGUUGAUGGAAAUGUUAGUGCGCAAGCGGAUGCUCGAUUCGCCUUUCGAUCUCUACAGCCUGUCAAAACCAAGGGAUACGAUAGGCCAGUUCCAACAUUCGAACCCCUGCAUGCGAUUCAACCUGGAAAACGAAGGGGCACUACCCCUGUUAAGUUCACUGGGCGAAAGGAAGAGAAAACAGAGAUCGUGGGGUUCGCGAGACAGAUUCUUGAUGACCCAGACACGGCUCCAUCAUCUGUCAUUGGAUUGAUUGGAGAGAGUGGAAUGGGAAAGUCUGCGCUUGGGCUCUCCGUUUUGACCGAGGUGAAGUUCGAGUGUUUAAGAAAGGACAAAGAAGUUAUUAUUUUGAGAUGCGCGAGUAGGGAAAGUGACCAGCGGAUUCCAAUGCGAACUUUCCGGAAGAUUUUACUCGGCGCAAUUCGUGCGCUAUCCGAACAUGACGGAUCAAUUAGACUAGGUGAAGAUAGAAAAUACUUUUCCGCAGACGAAAGUGACACAGAAGAUGCAAGUGGGACGGAAAGGUCUGACGACUUUUCACCCUAUAUGUCUCAAGCAGACCCAACAAAGAACAGACACAGUUCGCAGUUUCCACUCUCGCCAAGACCGACAAAAGCGUCACUAGAUCAACCAUUCCUUAAACGAUCGGUAACAGAAGGGUCGACUAGGCGUCGAUCUUCACAAACUGGUGGUCCUCGAAGGAAUUGGAGACGAGGAAGCAGGCCGUCUAUGGCUCGACGCGAUAGCAACGAGUCGAUUGUUGACGUUCAAACAGUAAACAUUCCGAAUAUGGAAAAGCUUGAAUGGGCGUGUGAAGAAACAGGCUACUCUACGCAGUAUGCAAAUCUGGUUGGUGCUCGCUUUCUCGGGCUUGAAUUGGCCCGCCCGGUGACUCAUAUUGGUGGAAAGGUUCCGGCCAUUAGUGAUCUUGUUGAGUUCGUCGCACAUGCAUUUAUGAAGAUUACAGAUUACGCAGAUCUUGUUCUCGUAUUUAUUGACGACUUUCAGUGGGUUGAUAGCUUCACCUGGAAGGUAAUCCAAGCACUUGGACAAAGCACCAAGAAAAUGGUUGUACUCUGCGCAAUGAGGUCCCAUGACAAACAGGCAAUGAGACGAAUCUCAACUGCUGUAAACUUCAAAAUGGAGAUCACGCUUGGACCCUUGGAACUACCAGAUAUCAAAGAGCUUGCUGAAUCAAUACUGCGAUAUCCUGCAAACGCUAUCGAUGAUCAUUUGUGCACUGAUAUUUUCGAAAUGACAGGUGGGGUUCCUGUCUUCGUUAUUGAGCUAUUAGAGGACGUUAAACGAAACAGGACAGCCAAGUUAAACGAUGAAGGCAAACUGAGACUGAAUGAGUCACACAUUGCUCGCAAAGGGAAAGGAAAUACGGCACUCGUUGAGGCACUUCUCCAUCGAUUCGAUUCUCUGGAUGCACGGGUGCGGAAAGUGUUACAAACCUGCGCAGUGCUUGGGACCUCAUUCGCGUACUCUGAUUUGCUUCGUGUGCACCGAGAUAUGGAUGAAAUGGAGAUCGACGAAGCCUUAAAUACGGCGGCGAAUGAAAUGAUCCUUAUCGAGAUCGCGGACGAGGAGGUUGAUGCAAGGUCGGUGAUGUCUGGCUCAACUGGCGGUUCGUCUUCAAGGAACAAGACACCAUCGCUUGAUUACAGUGGAUCUGCAUCUGGAUACCCAUCAGUCGGCGAUCGCUUUUUCGAAUUCAGUCACGAUAUGUGGCGCAGCAACGUCUUGAAGACUAUGCUUAAGGAGAGAAAGAUCGAGCUUCAUAGGCAGAUUGCCCAAGCAAUGGAGUAUGACAAGGGGUUGAUGAUCCGACGGAAUGAUAUUUCAAGGCUCUUGACGUUGUAUGAUCAUUGGAAGUUGUGUGGAGAAUUCCGAAAAGCAGCUCCGUUGGCACUGACAGUUGGAUCCAAGCUGCACGAGUGGGACCUGCAAGCCCAGAGUGCCGAACUAUACCUUGAUACGCUGGAGUUAUGUUACGAGAGCGUACAGCCUGUUGACAAGAACUUGCGACCUACGAAAGAAAACUGGGUCGAAGUUGCUUCAGACGCAGAAAUACUUGACUCUAUCCUCCGUCUUCACAUUCGUAUAGCUGAAAACCAACGAUCGAUGGGCAAUCUGGAUCGUGCUGCAAUAACUUUCCGAGAUGCGUAUACGAUUCUCAAAUCAUCAACGAGGAGACGACCAGAACAAGAGCUUCCUAUCUUGUCUGGUCUUGCUACUUUGCAUUUCGAGAUAGAUCCUAAUGAUACGGAGACCACAUUGCCAUGGAUUAAGGACUUCCGAAGCGUUGCUGAGACUGUGAAAAAAGAUUCUAUCCAUAUUUUGCGUGCAUUAUCUUUAGAAGCUGCUUACUUUGCCCAACAUGGAGAUGUAAAUGCAGCAAUCGAGGCCACAAAACCACUACAGAAGGUCUACGAAAUCGACCAGCAUUCUGAAUCAAUGGUUCUAAAGUACGGGAAAGAUUACGCGCUUGAAUGCCUUUCACAAUGCAUCCUUUGGUACUCUCUUGCAGGUGAUCACGAGAGCGCUUCACUGCAAGCUGAUGUUGUUCUUUCCCUGUAUCUUCCGUAUCAAGAUCCCAAGGACAUUGACAGUAUCAUGGCUUUGAUCCUUCCUGCCGUUCUGUCGAUGAAGGGGAACGGAAGAGCACUGGAAGCCGAGUACAUUAUGAAGAAACAUGUUAUCAAUGCUUAUCAUCAAAUUGGAGAAGGCAACUCUGCCUGGAUCGAAAUGUUCAACCCUCUCUGCUACUUACUUGAGGUCUCAAGUAUGGAAGAGAAGCAGCAAUUCGACGAGCAAUUUGUCGAAGAGCUUGAAGAUUGGGUUCUCGAAAUUGAAAACAAUCAUUAUACCGCCCGAAAUCUACGGCUAGGACACACGGUCAUGGGGGAAAUUUGUUAUCGACUGGGCCGGCGAAAGGAAACAGGGGACCCUCUCAAGGGAUUGCUUUUCGCAAAGUCAAAACUCUUCUUGACACCCAUCGCAAGAGACAAAGACGCCGAGCCCUUCCUCGCACACUCUGCAUUUCAAUUGCUGAGGGGCAUAUAG